GUGGCGCCCCUCACCGGUGCCCUCGGCCCCUCCGAGCCCCGGGGGCCCGGGCGUUGCCCCUCGCUGGCUGCCUCCUCCCGGAGCACCCCUAAAGCCCGGCCAGAGCCCUGAGGGGAGAGCCCCUGCCCCGUGCUGGAGCCCGGCCAGGGCCAGGGCAGCACCCAGCUCCUUCCCUCCACCCUCCCGGGGGGUGUUCGGACACUUCCCCCAGCCCACCCGUGACCUCCGCGCCUGCACGGCAGCGGGCAUUGAGCUUUCCACUUGCCACUAUUCCUAAUUUUUCCCUCUUACUCUCAGUGAGCCUCGUUAAUAACAAAAAAAAAAAAAAAAGAACCCAUAAGUUUAUUUCUGUUCGCAGAAUGAUGAAGUCACGUACGUAUCUAUGCAGUAAGAGAGCUGAUUUCCCAGCUUUUACGUGAUGGUUGCUCAAAACGGGUUUGGCUGGAUCCUGGGGGAAGAGAUUUGGUAACCCUGAGCCUUACCUCAUCGUUCUGUGUUACGGGCAGAGGCUGUCGCAACCUUCCCAGAGGGAUAUCGUUGGGAUGUUUCACCCGGCCGAAAGGUAGAAGAGCCACGAGCAAUUAGGACGACGCUGAAAUCCCCGUCGGCUGUUUGGAGUCCGCAGCUCCUCUGGGAGGAUGGACACCCUGAGGAACCGGACGGUGGAGGAGCUCCAGGAGCUGCAGGAGAACGCGGAGGAGAUCGAGCGCCUGGCCCUGGAGUCCCAGGAGGUUCAGGAGCUGCAGCUGGAAAGGGAGAUGGCCCUUGCCUCCAACCGCAGCUUGGCCGAGCAGAACCUGAAGUUCCAGGCGCCGCUGGAGACGGGACGCACCGACCUCUCUAACAAAUACGAAGAGCUGCAGAAGCUGGCUGAGCGCUGUAAAGAGCAAAAGGCAAAACUGGAGAAAUUUUCAGCAGCGAUGCAUCCUCAGACCUUGCUGGAUCUCCUGCAGGUGGAAAGCCAGAAAAUCGAAGAGGAGUCUGAGAAAAUGGCUGAGAAGUUCCUGGAGGGCGAGGUGCCCCUGGAGACCUUUCUCGAGCAGUUUUCUGUGAUGAGGAAGUUCCGAGUGCCCAGCCCACCUUUCCCUAUAAGCCCCCUCCGGGUCCCGGUUACCCCCCAGCGCAGGCUGCCGACUCCGCGCCGGGGUAUCCCAAACCCCCCGACCGCAGAGCCCCUACCCAACCCAGCCCCCUCUCCCUAGUUUCCCAAUCCCCCCGCAGCCUCCUUAUCCUCCCAGACCGCCCCAACCCUUUGGGUACCCCCCUCCUCCAAACCCUCAGCGCCCUGCUUGGCCUGGCUACUAAGUCAGGACUCCUGAGGAGCGUCCUCUGCCGCUCCCUCCUUUUUGUGGACUGAGGAAGAAGAGCGAGCCGAGGGCGUUGCUCUUCGACCCGUCGGUGCGAAAGCAUUACACAGGAUAAGAGACUGUAGCGGCGCCGGGGGUCGGGCAGGCUGACGCUGCCCCCACGGGCUGCAAUUCUAGGCCGGGUUUGUGACGGUGGCUGAAGCGUUCGCUUCCAAAUCGGCUCGCCCAGGCUCUGGUGUGAAAGCCAGGCGGUCAUCCAGGUCCUGGGGAGCGAUUGUGCGCUGACGGCAGCCGGACCCCCUCGCCUGUGCGAGCGUGCGUGGGGGAGCGAGAGAGACUGCUCCGUG